AAACAGCCUCUGUGCAGUGAAGAAUCAAGCAGCUAGCUCAUUCAAUCUAGUGUUGUGAACAAAAAAGAAAAAAUGAAUACAUUCAUCCUCUUCUUUUCUGUCACCUUCAUGGCGGUAAACGUGGUGACCGUCGUCCAAGGAUGGGGUUACCGAGCCUCUGACCAGCGUCGAUGGGCCGUGCUCCACCCAGCGUGCGGCGGCCGCCAACAGUCUCCGAUCGCCAUCGCCGCCCGCCAAGCCAUUCCCAUCUCCAUCCCCGCCAUGGAACUCAUCGGCUACCAAAACCCCUUACCUGGCCCUCUCACUAUAACCAACAACGGCCACUCCGUAGCCCUAACCAUUCCUAAAUACAGCUCCGAAGAAGAAAAGAAGGGAUUCCGUCUGCCUUACAUCUUCGGGGGACCCUUGGACAAUGAAUACGAAAUCGAAGGCCUGCAUUUCCAUUGGGGUGACAAGAACAACCGCGGUUCUGAGCACACUCUCAACGAUAUGAGACUGCCUCUUGAGAUGCACAUCAUCCACAGGAACAAGAAAUACAGGAACCUUGCCGAAGCCCUCCAACAUCCCGAUGGACUCUGCGUGCUUGCUUUCUUCUACCAGGUUGUAGAAUUCGACGCCAAGCUGCUUACUCCGAUCGUGAAGAACCUUUCCGCCAUUGAGAACUACAACACCAGCAUGCAGCUGCCUCAUACCUUCUCUCUGUCCUCCAUCCUCUCCGGUCUUGACACUGAGCGUUUCUACACCUACAAGGGUUCCCUCACCACCCCCCCUUGCGCUGAAGCCGUCACAUGGGUCGUGUUCUCCGACUACCUCCCCAUCUCUGUCUUCCAGAUGGACAACUUCCGUGGCCUGCUCUCCAACCUGAACCUGCCGCUUGUGGACAACUUCAGACAGCUCCAGCCGCUCUUCGGCCGACGUGUGUUCGUCAGAAUCACCUCUAAGAACCCCAAGUUCAAGAAGACCAAGCUCCACUACUCCAAGUGGGACUGGGUUGGCCACAAGAAGGCCGAAAAUGACGUUGCUGAGUUUGACGAAUAAACGGCGAAUAAGCAACUAAGCACCAAAUAACUAACUCUCACUGCAAAUACGGGUAUUUAUCACUUUUAUAAAGUUUAAGCAGAAACCAAAUGCUGAUCUUAUUAGUCGAUGUAAGUCUGUGUAUAAUA